AGUCUUGUUCAUUCAACGACCAGUCAACUCCUCGCACCCGAGGACGAAUUUGAUCAAAUUUUCCGCUCUUUAGGGCUUUCCCUUGAAGAUUUCGGGAUUCCGACUGAUGCUUGGGAGGCUUGGAGAUGCUUCUCAGUUUCCAACAGUGUAAGGAGCUCUAGAGUUACGCGUAGUGGGGUUUUGGACGCAGAUAAGCUGGCUGAUAGUUUUGCUACUAGAGCUGUGAUUAGGAAUGGUGAUGAAUUGGAGAACCAUUUAGAUGUUGCUGGGUUGGACACGAAGCUAGGGCUAGAAUAGGCGACGAAAUUGGAACCAUAGAUGAAAACUUGUACAAAGACGGUGGCCGUAGAAUUAAGGGCAUGAGGCCGCUGAUCUGGUUCCCUUCACUCACGAACAAGGUCUACACCGGCGACUUGCAAAAGCGUGUGGGCAUCACUACAGGGCUAUGCAUUUUGAAGGGGUUACCAGGCAGGCUCAAUCUCAAUUUUCUCAAAUCUGAAACAUACUCCGGCAUCUGGUUAAACGCUAAGGUGGCGUCGAGGUUCCGCCAGUACACGCUGGUGUACGAUGCGCAGUGGCGCAACAUCAGCCUCAACGACUCUGCCACCACGCAAGGCGGAGGGGCACUUCGGCAGGUAGCAGCAGAGGAAGUUGGCGCUGUCGCAGGUCGCGUCGCACUACUCCGGGAACCGCUCGCAAUACACCGGCUUUGGCUCCACGAUCACCUUCUCGCCGCUGAAGUGGGUGCUCAUCAUAAUCUUCGUUGUCCUCGUCACAUUCCAUCUUUGAAAUGGAUUAGGCCGAUUUUGAGACUCGGAGGAUCACAGAGGGUCGAUUUGAAAGUUUAGGAUCAUAGGUGGCGAAACCACUAUACUAGACGGACCUUGGUUGGUAUUAACUCUUGAAAGAAAUUUACAAGAAAAACUAAAAAGCUAAGAAUGCUUGGUUUCUAGGGUUAAAUGUAUAAUCUUGGUGUUUAUUUUUGGAUUUACAACUCCAUGAGGACGUUGAGUGGCAUUUUGUUGGGCAUUUGCAGAGCAAUAAAGUAAUAUCACUGCUGAGUAUGAUGCUAUGAUCUACUUCAAAUAACCCAAGAAUUAGCACUUAGUAGUACUUCUAUUUUAAUCGUUUAAAAAUUAUCUUCCAUGAUAAGAGAAGCCACCCUAGCAAGAAUCUUGUAAUCGACUCUGGAAAUUGUGGUGAUUGUUCCCUUAUGUAUUCUGUGGCAUUUUGGCAUGAGAGAAAUGUACAGUGUUUAAAGGGAUCUCGAACUGUGUAUAUUGAGAGUCCUUUCGUUCUGGUGCAAAGAGGACACUAGCUUUGCUAUUAAAGAAGUUAUAUUCAAUGCUAACUGGUCUUUUGUAAAGAUUUUGUAAGCACCUGCUUAGUGUUUUGUUUGUUA